UAUAUGCAACAAAUGAAACAACUUAGCUUGAAUCUAUGCAGACUACCAGUACUCCAUUAGGCAGGCCAGCCAGUGUUGCCUUGUGUUGUCCUACUGACAAUUAACAUCAGAGGGGUAAUAUUAUCCAGGGAGUUAGAAUAUAAUUGCAGAUCACACAUGAUGAGCACAUGAAUGGUAAGAAGGGCCUUUUCCCACCCAUCAUUUUUAUACUUUUAUCAAAUGAUGAAGAAAAUCCUGCAUAUCCUUUUGGUGGUUUGUGAGUAUCAACCAUUUUUUUUUUGUCGCUACGGUGCCAAAUUAGAGUUGCUUUACCAGUAAAAAAAGAAACAUAGGUUCUUAGUGAAGGUUUAAUUUUUUUUUGCCCUUUUGUUUGAACUAUUUCCCCAUAUUUUUUGUUGUCAUUGUCCCUUUAUUUGUAUUAUUGCAACUUCUCCUUUUUUAUGUUUGAUAGAACAGGACACAUUGUACUCGCAAAACUGUUAAGGAUGAUUCAGCUACAAAUGUUGUUUGGUCCCCUUGUGAAUCCAGCUUAACUAAUAGUCCCUCCAUCUCACAAUAUAUCCCAAAACGGCUUAUAUUGUGGGACGGGGGGAGUACUUCAGUAGAACUUCUAUUUCUGCACCAAACCCACUAUGCUCAAGACUUAAAUUGACAUGGAAUUAUUUACUGAAGUGUUUGGAUCUACAUUUAUUUUGUAAGUGAAAUGUGAUAUCUUACUUCAGUUUGUGUUCUAACUUCUAACUUCUGAAAAUGUUAAUCCUUCUCUCCUUCAAAUGUAAAAAGUGAAGGAAAAGGAUCUACUAGACAGUUGAGCUUAUCAUGGAAGUAAUUGCUCAGUCAAACUUGAUAUGAUAACCCCUGAUAUUACCUGACAAAGCCAUAUCUGAAGUUGUUGAAAUUUGUCGCUAGUAAAUGUCAGGCUUACAGAUUAAAUGGAAUCGCAUGCUUAGCUUUAAUUGUGGAUAUAGCCACCUAAAGAAUAGUGAAAAGCUGCAUUAUUAGUGCAUAUAUAAAAAUGAAAGAUAUGCAAUGGCCAAUGCUUGUGGUGCCUUUGGCAUCAUGGACAUGUUAGAAAUCUUCCUUUGGAACUUUGUCUCCUGUGUUUAUUAUCUUAUUUAGUUCAUAGCUGUCACAUUAACUUUUUGCACAAUGUAUGAUGUUCAAGCAAGAGCUUUAAAUACCCUUCUGUAUCAAAGUGAGGUUCAGAUGCACUAAACGCACUAUCUCCUCGGAUGUUUGAUUAUUCAUGGACAUAUCUUAAUUAUUCUCUCUAGAGGCCUGCUGUUUAGUGCAGAUUUAUGGAAUCGUUAGCGAGGAGUAACAUUAGGUGCCGGACGUCUAGCAUAGAUUUCAAAGAGAUUUAGAUCAACAUUGCAGCAAAGAUUUAUGCCUCUUCAGUGAUGGUAUAAUCUUGAGAACACUUGCUAAACUCGAAAAAAGCGACAAAGAAAAACAUUAGCUUUGCAUUUAUUCCUUUGUUCUGGAGUACGUAUUCAAGUGUUUCUUUUGUUUAUUUUCUGCUGCUUACAUAUCUCUAUGGUCUAUCUCUGGAGCAUUACUUAAAGAGCUAUCUUGGACAGUGAGGAAAGUUACCCUUGUUACCUUGCACCGCUUGUAUUAUCUGCUUAGCGGUCAGAGUAUUCUACCAAAAACCUCCAUGUCAUCAAAAAAUGAGAAAUUUUAAGACGCUCCCGAACUAUUAGAACCCUCCACUGUUUUUUUACCAAUGGGUUUAGAUUUAAAUAUGAAGGUAGUAGGUCGCCCAUGAGUCCUAAAUAAGUAAUCCCUCCGUCCCACAAAACAUGCCGAAGGUUUGUCAAAAUUUGGAUGUAUCUAGACAGAUACAUCCAAAUUUUAGCUAAUCUUCAACAUGUUUCGUGGGACGGAGGGAGUAUAAUCUACUUUCAUAUUGUAUAUGAAUAUGAUAGGAAACAAUACAUUUGUAGAGUAUUUGUAUGGUAAGUUUGCAAGUGAAGACAUAUUGUCAUUUUGUAUGUGGCAAUACUUAACCUUUUACUUUAUGCUCCAAAAAAAUUGUUCAAGAAGCAUGAUGAUAAUUAAGAUAAUAUAGCAGGUUUAAGGGGAGAUUAUGCUAUGCUUUUGUAUGUAACGUGUGACAACACCUGUUCGAUCAGAAAAGUACUAUUAUGACUUUUCAAGUAUUUUUCUACUACGAAUAGGUCGAUCAAAAAGCAUGUUGGAUCAUUACUACUGGAAUGUAUCUCAUCAUACAAGGGUUGGAGAGAAACCGCCUCUUGCAGUAAGUUGGAGCUUCACAAAACUGCUCGUAAGAAAUAUUAUAACAUGUGGGAGUAAUGUGCAUGGCACCACGUUGCUGCUUCAUAUCUUAUAUAUGUUGGUGAUAAAGGAAUAUAACUGCAUUCUGGAGAACCGAGACUAGCUCAGUUGGCUAGUAGCGUCACGCCCAGCCCGCCUGCAUUCGAGUCUUGCCUUCGCUAAUUCUCUUAUUCAGGAUUUGAUGAAUGAUUGGGAUGACAAUAUGUAUUGCAUUGUUGUGCCUCUGUAAUGUGACUGAUCAUCUUGACUUUCACAAUACCUGAAGACGACUGGUCUGGAAUCUGGAUCUAAAGACAUUUUGAAGUGUUCAUCAAAGGGGUGGUCCUGGUGAACUGCCACCAUGAUUAGCCCAUAUGACCUAGUAACCAUACCUUUGGGCUUUGGUCAAUUAUUAUUUUUGCUUCUGUUGUGCAUGCACACAUUUGUUAUUGUGCCUCCUGCAAUAUUCUUGCUUUAUUCUUUUAGUAUUUGCCAAUUUCAGGACACGGGCAUGACAUGUUCUGGACUACUGAGUGAACUAAGGAAAUCUCAUGAACUGAACAUAAUUAUAAACUCUCUAAUCAGGAGGUACUGUAUUCGUUGGACAUUCUUUUCAAUUUUUAAAGUAAACUUUUAAGAUAAGAACGGUGGCGCCAAUAGUACCAGACUCAUUUGGUUGUUGUUAAAUUUGUAUAAAAGAUCCAAAUCUAUAACACAAAAUAAUUUUCCUGAAAUUGGAACUGUAAGACAUGUAGUGGUGCGUCGAGAAAUUAGAAGUGUACAGGACAACAUUCUUUUUAAAAUCUUCAGACGAUUGUGGAAUAUAUCAUUCUUUCCUAUUUUAUCAUUCUUCGCUCAGAUGGCAUGCAAGAAGGAAAUGGUAGAAUACUUGGGUUUAAAAAAAUGUUAGUCUGACAUUUCCAAGUAGAACAAAUUCUUUACAAUGUAAAGUGUAAAUGGCUUUACAUGAAACAUAUUCCUCACUAUAUAUUCAGUGUGAUCAUGGACCACUUAAUUAUCCAGGACAGUACAAGCAACAUGGAUUUUUUAUUAAAGGGAAUUUUAUACGCUUUGAACAAGUUUAUAACCUAUACCCUUGUACAAGGUAGAUAUCAAGCUACUUUGUGAACCACAACAACCAUAUUUGCUUGAACCUUUGCAAUAUGCAAGGACUGGCCUACCAAUUAUUCCUUGUGCUCAGGAGUCACAAUAAAAUGCUCGCCUCCAGGACAGGUCUAAGCCACCAUUGUCCUUAAGUGCGAGAGGAAGAUCCAGAGUUUAGUUGCAACAACCUCAGAAGCUAGUCAAAACUAGUGGGGAGGUUGUGUGCACAAACAAGAAGAAAGACCGAAGAAUAGUAAUGGCCCGUGGUAAGGUUCAGAUGAGAAGGAUAGAAAACCCAGUGCACAGGCAGGUCACCUUCUGUAAGCGGCGGAUGGGCCUCCUCAAGAAGGCCAAGGAGCUAUCUGUUUUAUGCGAUGCUGAUAUUGGUGUCAUGGUGUUCUCUCCUCAUGGCAAGAUUUAUGAGUUGGCCACCAACGGGAACAUGCAAGGCUUAAUUGAGAGGUACAAGGGUAGCAACGCAGAAGCACAAAGUGAAAAUAGCAAGCAGAAAAACCCUCAGAUAAUACAACAAGAGGUACUAUUCUUGAGGCAAGAAAUUGACUUACUUCAGAAAGGCUUAAGGUACAUGUAUGGAGCAAAAGAUAUGGACCACAUGAAUCUUCAUGAGCUCCAAGCCCUGGAGAGUAAUCUUGAAAUUUGGGUACACAACAUUCGCUCUACAAAGAUGGAGAUCGUAUCUAGGGAGAUUGAGAUGCUCAAGAACAAGGAAGGCAUACUGAAGGCUACCAACGAUUUACUUCAAGAAAGGGUAUUUGAGCUGAGUGGGAUUCUGUACACGGGCAGCAACAUGAUGAUAUCACACUUCCCCUUCCAGCGAACCAUGGAGAGUGGCCACUACUUCUAGCCGAAACAACUGACCUCUCAAGUUAUCACGUCAGUUAUGAUUCGAGUUCAACAAGGCCACCAUGCAUGGAACUCAUAACGUCGCAUCUGCCAACUUUGUGUUGUACAAAGGAAACAAAACAGCAUCUGUAUGACUGUAUCCUUACCUGCUUUUGCACAUGUAAAUUAACCAUCUUCCACCAUGGAAAGUAUGUAGAUUCCAGAUAUCUGCUUCAUAUGGUAUAGCACUCUGAAUGUUUGUUGA